UAUUCAGGAUUAUGGGAGAACCAGAUUUUGAUUUCCAUAAAAUCAAUGUCGAGUGUCCACUGGUUAUUCACAGACGUCAGUUCUAGAUUGGCCCUAUUAGGAAAUCAGAAAAUUAGAAGCAUAUGUUAAGGCUUAAGCAAUUGAUUGUGGUAAGGAAAGCUUUAAAUUUUAUUAUUUCAUUCAAAUUCAAGCGAAAAUUCAAGCGAACAUGAAACCCAAAAUAAAUAAUUUAGGUCAAUAACGCAUCAACCAAUCUAAUCAACACAUGUAAAACGAGAUAAAUGUUCCAAGAAUAGAUAAGUGAUAGAGACGAAAAUAACUGAUAACGGUAACGGGUAGCGCAAUGCUAAUCACAUUACGAUCAGUACCAAACCAUUUGCUCAAGUGUACGCAUCAUGUGUGCCGUGGUCGACGUGAAAUAAUAAAGGCGUUAAAAGGGAAUAAAACAAAUUUGUGAACUAUUUGUGAAUGUGUGUAAAGUUCCUUUGAAUAAGUGGAUAUAGUGAUAAAACAAAAGAAAAAGAAGACCUACGAACUUUAGUUCCCUUGAUUACUAUCUGACUAAAAGAUCAAACACACUCUCAAAAACGACAAUAUUGUUAGCUCAUCCAGCUAAAGGUAGCCUGCUUGUCUGAACCAGUGGAUCAUGGACGCACCUAUAGAGAUGGUUACAAGCGAUGCUGCCUAUAGACAACCAGAACCGGACAGAAAUACGCAUCAGCCAUCAUCUAGAGCUGUUUCGAACCCAUCUGGAAGUAAAGGGGCAAUAGGAAGAUCGAUGGGACCCUUGCACGGGACCGCUUAUCAUAUACGGAUGACUAUGGCCGUACUAUUUCGCGCCUACAAGUUGUAUCGUGAAGGACAUUUGCCCCGAUUUGAGCUAAGGUUGGAAGACGCAACUGCAGGAAAAUUCGACGAUCUGGUCAUUUGCUACUCAACGCCAUCGAUACCGGAGGGUACUGUUUACAUUCAAGCUAAACAUAAACAGAUACCGGAAGGGAAAAAGUCCUCCAAAGCCAAGAAAAGAAACCCAAACUAUCCCUUCACGCCAACACCAAAGAAGGGACCGGCGCUUACCAUCGGAUCUGUGCUUACGAAAUGGAGCUCCAAUGGUCCAUUCUCGAUACCUAUGUACUUUAUUUCCUACCUCGAAGGAUGUGAAAAGUUUUCAACCGCCACCCAUACAUUCCUGUUGUGCACUAACUUACCAAUUGAUACAAAGUUAAAGGAAUGUGGUACAUUACAGAAGCAUGAAUGUAGCGACCUACUAUACUUUUGCAACGACAUUGGAGCAACGUGUUACAGCUUUAGCUGCGCUAAGGAUUUCACAAAUCUUACGGAUGAGUUGAGGCGAGCUAGUCUAGAAAAGCUAGGCCAAAUGAUCGUGCUGCAUGUUAUGCAUCAGACAGACAUCAAAUGUAACUAUUCUUCCUUAAAUGUAUACGCCGAUUUAAUUGCCAAAUGUGUAGUGGAAAACGAACCAGGCAAGUACAAACUAAGUGAAACAUUCUUGACCGCGUCAGACUCAUCGGUGAUGGGGCAACUUCGUACUGCUCUCAAAAGUGAAUAUAGUAGAUUAAUUCUAAAGAACGCAAAGCAAAGUGAUCUCUGCAUGAAAUGGAAAGAGAUGCAAAUCGGGAUCGACAAAGCCUUCUUUGAAUUGAUUACAAACGAUCCUUCAGAUCCUUCAGACGCAGAAGAAUCUACGUACUAUGCAACCGUGGACAGAGUUAUAAAACAGUUUUGCGAACAAUUUCUGCUGGUAUGCGGAUCUUCGACCGGGGAACAGCUUUUGCACAAUGUUUUCGACCUGAUGCCUAGCUGGGUCAGUGAUAAACAGACAACCCACAACCAGCUGUUUGAAAAAUUGUUUGACGCAAUGAAACAGGACGAACCGGUCGCAAUUAACUGUGAAACCGUAAAAAGAAUGUUUUUGAGGAUGCGAACAAACCAGGAAUAUUCUAGGUUUCAAUUUAAUUCAGAAUUAAACGUUACUUUAUGGAGAACAAAGUUUUCGGACAUUAUUGUUAAUACGGCACGUCUUGAAGAGUCCGAGCUGUACGAGUUUCUUACAGACGAUUCGGUUUAUGAUCGCAUUCGGUAUUAUACCACUACGAAUAUUAAAGCCUUUGCAAUAAUUAUAUCCCAAACUGUAGCUUUGCUACAGCGAGAAGCACUAUUCCUGCACUAUGCAUCGGAAGACUUUGACGAUAAUAUUUUUGACAUUCUGCGAAACGUGUUCGAGUUCAUGGAGCAACUUGAAGUUUCAAACUGUACCAUAUUUAUAACGGCGAACCAAUCUGAAAAAAGUUUAAUGAAGGAAAUCCAAAGGUAUAGCAAAAUGUAUAAAACGAAAUUUGUCAUAAUUGAACAGCAGGACAGCAUACAUCUGUACGAUAACACUUUGUGUGUACAUGAUCUUACUGAGGAAUCCAGGGAACGGUUGUAUGAAGAUCGUUUACAACAAACACUAAACGUUUUAGAUACUUCUAUAUCGCUCAGUGAAAUUGUUCACCCUAACGAUAGUUUGAGUUUUCUCUGCCAUGUGUUAGAUGAUGCUGACAGUAUCGGUGAAAUGAAGUCAACCCUCUCAAACAAAGAUAGCUUCGACAUGAUUCAAUCCUGGUACAUUCCUCGUACCAUUGUUGCAAUCGAAGAUGCAGAAGAGCAGCAGUUGGAUAAAAAUGAAGAAAUAUUUCAUAGUACGUAUUAUGCGGAUAAUAAUAUAUCUUUCGAUGAUUUUUGGUUCAAAUCGGCCGAAGCUUCCCCAGUGCUGAGAUCCGUUAUAAUGUCAGAGACACAAGAAGACUGCUACCUUCCGGACGUUUUCACGAACGAUAACCAACCCACUGCUCACAUAGUACUGGAUGAAGCUGGCAGUGGGAAAUCCACAUACUUUACCUGGCUGUCAGCCCGACUGUCACAAACCGAUCCUUUGCUGUGGGUAAUACGUGUGAACGCUAUGCAGUAUUGUACCGAUUAUAAAAGAUUUCAAAUAACCGAUCCCAACCGGCUUGACGAAACAGCCGUCAUAAGGAUUCUCUACCGGCUCAUACAUCUUACUUGCUUCGUCACUAAUGUGUACAGUCAAACGAUACAAAAAACUGAUGUGGAACGUGAUCGAGCUGAUCAAGCUUCAGAGCUGUUAACGGUAUGCGGCGGGAAAGUUGUUGUCGACAAAGAUAAAGCAAACCAAUCGCGACUGACGCUGGGGCAACUCAUAGAGCUGCGAGUUUUCCAAGAGAAGUACAACGGGAAGCAACUGAUUCUCUUGGUGGACGGUCUCGACGAGACUGCUCCUUUUUAUGUUGAAUUCUUAAAAACGUGUUUAGCCAAACUAGUGAGCAUGAAAGGCAUUCGCAAUUUAUACCUUUCCACAAGACCGUACGAUUACAAACAAGAUUUACAAACGAAAUUCCCCAAUAGUAGCAUGUAUCGUCUGAAAGUAUUUUCCCGAUCAGAACAGCUACGAUAUCUAAAUAGCUAUUUUGUGCAACGCCUUAACGAUUACAAACAAUGCAACGUGAGUGAUCGCAUAAAAGUGUUGGGAAAGCUUUACUACACCAUUAAGGAGUCGCUAGGAAAUUUAAAAGCCAUACCACUGUUUCUGCACAUGGCAUGCGUGAUGCAUGUACCCAUCAUUAAGCGGCACGUUAACUUCCAGCGUCGCACAAUUUCCAAAACACUGUUUAGCAAAACAAACAUCGAGCUUUUACAGCUAAUAGAAAAUUUUAUCGACGAAAAGCUAAAAAUCUUAACCGUACAGAAAGGUGGCACACCGCAAUCGGCCCUAGAAAAUGUUGUGCAAAUCAUUACGAACAAAGCAUUCUACAAAAACAUCAAAAAACGCCACAUUUUAUCUGCCCUGCUGGUAAUGUUUGACAGAAAGCAACGAGAAGCUUUGAUGACGCCACAAGAGCUAAAAGAAGCGAAUGCUUCAACGGAGCAAAUUACAUCUGGAAUAGAGAAAACCGGAAUGAUCAAUACGGUUCUAGGUGACACUCCCCAAUUUAUGCAUCGUAUCUUUGUGGAGUACUUCGUGGCCUGUUGGAUGCAUGGGUGCAUGGAUCGUGUUAUGCAUCAAAGCUUCUUCCGUUCAUGGACAUUUUGGCAUCCCAAUUUCUAUCAAGUGCGUAACUUUUUCAAUCGGAUAAUUGUAAAAAACAGCCAGGGGUGCGAAAUGCACAUGGCUGUAAUGAAUGAGUCUAUACGUCAAAUUGGUGAAAUAUUGUCGAACAAUCCGUCUGCUGCAUUCGUCAGGGACGCUGUUGGUCGAUUGCCGCUUCACUUGGCAGCAUUGUACCCGGCUGUUGAGGGGCUAAAUUCGUUGAUCGAUCAUAUGUCCAUUGAGUCCAUCAACGCUAAGGAUCAGCUCUUGCAAUGGAGUGCAUUGGACUAUGCAUUCGCCGGACGUUACGAUAGAACAAUCAAAUCGAUCUUAGCAGCUGGAGCCACAGUCAAUCUGCACACACUGAUUCAACAAAUACUUUCCAACGAUCUGAAACAACUUUUGUUCAGUGCCCAUCUUUACGGAACGUAUUUGCAAGCUCACAAAGCCUCCGCCAAUAUGGCACAGCUCUUACACAUUCAAGUGGUUGAGUAUUUACUGAACGAUAUGCAGCUUGACAUCUUUGUUGGAAAGGACGAGCUUGAAUCCCUCACAGUAAUAGAGUUUUGCGUUAAGGAAAACAUGCUUGACUUGUUCAAGCAAUUAGCAUCGCAAAAUAAUUAUUUAUCACAGAUAAUAUGCAAAGAGUUUGAACAUUUGCUGAGCUUGGCAUUUGACAACAAUGCUUACAGCUUUUUCAUAUACUUUAUCAUGGAGCACAAAGUUACUCUUUCACAUAUCACCAAUAGGGAAAAGCUCAUUGCUGCUCUGAAAUAUACCAUACAAAACAAGCUGAUGCACCCAUUUGAGCUAAUCUUCCAACAACUUUGCAUGCAAAGCAAUAUUGUUUUGCUUGAAGAAGCCAACAUUCCCGAUGGAUCUGGUGCUGUACUCUGCCACAAUAUGCCACCACUGGACAAACAUUUAUAUCCAAAGAAGUGUUGUAAAAGAAACAUCAGAAACUAUCUUCAUGCCGGACCUGAACAAGAUAUAGAACAUAUACUACAUAAUGGUUGUAUUGUCGAAGCUCUUCUAGCUACAGCUAUUCAUGAGGAAAACAUACAAGUGUUUCUAUACAUUCUUCACAAAACAAAUUUGACCAUCACCAACAAGCUGAUUGUGACGAUUGUGGAGUUGCUACCAAAGGGGAGAAAUGUUUUCCAUGAACAGUCGUUUCCUGCAUUCCAAUAUCUGAUCGAUAAUUCAACGGACCUGCAUGCUGUUGAUGAAGACGGAAGAAAUCUACUCCAUGUGACAGCUCAAAGUGGAUGCUUUUUUAUGUUUCACUGCUUGAUCUCAAAAGGAUUCGAUCCAAAUGCUAUUAACUUCAGAAAUGGAUGGAAUGUGUUCCAUUAUGUCACAUUCAAUGCGGACGAUGAUCAAUCGGACAAAACGUUGGAAUACUUAUUGAAACAUUGUAAUAUGGUUUGGUUUGAUCUUUUCGACAAAUUUAUAGAGAUGGAUGGUGCAACAGAAAAUGAAAUCCUUUCCACUGCUAUCGAUCAAAAUUAUGCGAGCUCAAAAAAGCUCAGCAAAAGACAAUAUGCUCUUCUUGCAUGGUAUGUUUUAUUGGAAAGACCGGAAAGACCUAUGCUACUGACUGAUCAGGAUCAAGAGGAAGCUCUCCAAAUCAUAAGAGAAAUAUCUGCUGGCAAUGUACAAAGCAGAAUCAUCACAAAAGCUCAAGAUGACAUACCUCAGUUUGCAAAUCAACUGUUCGUGGAAUACCUUGCUGCUCAAUGGAUGUAUGAAAACAAGCAUCGCUUGAAGGACGAAAGCUACUUUCGAUCAUCGUCGUUUUGGUACUUAUACCGUAUGUGGGAUUUGUUCAAUCGUAUCAUUCUACGAGAGAGCAAAGGAUGUGAUGUCCACAUCGCGAUCAUAAAUCAGUCUCCCCAGCAGGUUCUUGAGCUAUUGAUGAAGAAUCCUUUAGCGGUACUCACCAAGGAUGCUAUAGGACGCUAUCCGCUUCAAUUAGCUGCUAUGUAUCCAUUAGAGAUUUUACUAGAUCUCUUAAUUCCGUUGAUGCCCUUUCCAUACUUUGACGAUAAAGAUGAUUUCUUGCAGUGGAGUGCAUUGGACUACACAUUCGCUAUGCGUAUUCCUGCUAAUACUCGAAAGCUACUAGCAGCCGGAGCAGAGGUCGAUCAACACGUAUUGCUGCAACAGAUAUAUUCUAAUAAGUUGGUAGAAUUGUUGUUCAACACUUAUCACUACACGCAAUGGUUGCAGUCUCAUGAAAGAUCUCAGUCAAUGGCGAACCACAUACGCACACAAGUAGUUGAACAUUUAAUGAACGAAAAGUGUAUCGAUAUAUUCGCUCAAUUAGCUGAGCUGGAUUCACAAAGCGUCGUGGAGUACUGUGUCAAACAAAAUAUGCUCGAUAUGUUCCAGCAGUUUGUUUCACAAAUUUGCGACCCCUCGAAAAUAUCGGAACAAAAUUAUGCUGAUUUACUUGAGCUGGCAUUUCAGACCAAAGCUUAUGAUAUAAUUGCGUAUUGCAUUGAUUUGUUUAGAUUUCCUUUUCCGCACAUCAAUGAUACUGCAGGGCUCAUUGCUGCUGUGAAGUAUACCAUUCAAAAAAGGUGUAUGCACUCAUUCAAGAUCAUCUUCCAACAACUGUGCAUUCAGCUCAAUAUUUCAUUGAUUGAAGAUACAAACUACCCCGAUGAGCAUUGUGUUUUGCCGCAUCAACAACUGUCACCACCAGAAAAGAAUCUUCAUCCAAUCAUUUGUUGCGUACAUAACGUAACCAAUGCUGACCUAACGAUGCCCCAAUAUGACGCAAAAGACGUCCUACAUGAAGGUUAUGUGGUCGAAGCACUUCUUGCUGUAGCAGUUCAGGAGAAAAACUUGCAAGUGCUCCGAUACAUUCUGUACAGGUCAAAUUUGACCAUCACCAACAAGCUCAUUGUGCUGAUCAUGAGGUUGUUGCCUAAGGGAAAAGAUAUUUGUCACAAGAGUUUGAUGUUUGAAUUUCAGUAUCUGCUUGAUAAUUCAACAGACCUCCAUACUUCUGACAAUGAGGGAAGAAAUCUACUACAUGUGACAGCUCAAAGUGGAUGCUUUUUCAUGCUGCAUUUCUUGAUCGCAAGAGGUUUCGAUCCGAAUGAGGUUAACUCCAGAAAUGGUUGGAAUGUGUUCCAUUAUGUCGCAUUCAGUGAGGAUGAUGAUCGUUCAGACAAAAUGUUAGAAUAUUUAUUAAAACAUUGCAACAUGGUUUGGUUUGACCUGUUCGACGGCUUUCUAGGCUCAGAUGGCGCCAUGGAUACAGCCCCUAGGAAGUUAAGUUGUCGACAACUUGCCCUAUUAGCAUGCUACGCUUUGUUGAUGGAAGAGGACAGAGCUUUGCUACUACCUGAUCAGUACAUACUGGAAGCUCUGCACUGCAUAGAUAAUAUAGCUAAGGGUAAUAUAAAAUCUGAAAUCAUUAAAGACGUACAGAAUGGCAUGCCACAGUUUACUCAUCGCAUAUUUCUAGAGUACCUUGCCGCUUGGUGGAUGUAUGAUCACAGACAUAACAUAUCGAAGCAUUCCUUUUACCGAUCGUGGAAAUUUUGGAACAAAAGUUUUCAUCGACUGCGAUACUUGUUCAAUCGAAUAGUUUUUAAAGCUAGCGAAGGAUGCGAUAUUCACGUGGCUGUUAUCAAUCAAUCAAUGCAACAGAUAUGUGAAAUUGUAUCCAUCAAUCCUUCUGUUGUAACUGCUCAAGAUGCUUUUGGUCGCAUGCCGCUUCACUUGGCAGUAACAUACCCGUCAGUAGAGGUUGUUAAUUUGUUGCUCAACAAAAUGUCUCACAAGUCUAUCAACGCUAAAGAUCAGUUCUUGCAAUGGAGUGCCUUAGACUACGCGUUUGCAUAUCGAUCCCCUUCAAAAAUUAAAAAAAUAUUAACCUGUAAAGCAACAAUCGAUCAACACAUAUUGCUUCAACAGAUACUGUCGAAUGGUUUGAAACAACUAUUGCUGGGUGCCCAUAAAUAUGGUAAAUUUUUGCACACUCAUGAAAGCUCUGUAAAAAUUACAAAGGAACUUACCAUUGAAGUAGUUAAGUAUUUACAAAACGAAAAACAACUUAACAUUUUUACUCAAAUCAAUGAUUUGGACUCCCUAUCCGUCCUUCAGUUUUGUGCAAAGCACAAUAUAUUUGACAUAUUCCAAACUCUUGUAUCGACCGUACAAUAUCCCUUACAAAUGUUGUCUAAAGACUUUUAUCAGUUGUUAGAGCUGGCUUUUGAAAGCAAUGCUUAUGACAUUAUAGCUUAUUCCAUCGAAGUGUUCAAAAUGCCGCUUUCUAACAUCAACAAUGUAUCGGGACUUAUUGCUGCUGUAAAGUAUACCAUCCAAAACACUCAAAUGCAUCCUUUCCAAAUACUUCUUCAACAAUUGUGCACCGUAAUGAAUAUUCCUAUGGUUGAAAAUACUGACAUCUUCGAGGAGCCUAGCAUUCAAUAUGAUUUGACUCCACUAGACAAUCAACUUUAUCCAAAGAUCUGUUGUGUGCGCAAUACUACAAACGAGCACCUAUCGUUGCCAGCAUAUGACGCAACGGACGUUCAGCAUGAAAGUUAUGCUAUAGAUGCUCUUCUUGCUGUAGCAGUCCAAGAAGGAAACAUACAAAUGCUCCAAUACAUUCUUCGUAAAACAAACAUGACUGUUAGCAACGCUCUCAUAGUGAUGAUCAUGGGACUGCUCUCAACAGAGGAUGAUGUUUGCCAUGCUAAAUCGAUACCUGCAUUUCGGUAUCUUCUUGAUCAUUCAACUGAUUUGCGGACUAUCGACCGCAAAGGUCGCAAUCUUCUUCAUCUGACGGCUCAAAGUGGAUGCUUUUUCAUGCUGCAUUGCUUGAUCGCUAAGGGAUUCGAUCCAAAUGCUGUUAACUCCAUUAAUGGUUGGAAUAUGUUCCAUUAUGUCGCAUUCAGUGAGGAUGACGAUCGCUCUGAUAAAGCUUUGGAAUAUUUAUUGAAACAUUGUAACAUGAUUUGGUUUGAACUGCUAGAUAACAUAUUAUUCCCAAACGACAUAACCCUAUCGGACACCUCCUGCAAAAGUAAUGUCAACAAUGAUAUCAUAUCGGAGCUGAAGCCAAACUAG